AUGGUGAACGUGACAGACCUGAUGGUUCUCGGGGCACCAAACUCGCAUCCUCAUGCGCUAAGCAAUGAAAAGUUUAAUGAGAUAUUUACUCCAGAUAGGCCCAUUCAUUUCAGCUAUCACGGAUACCCUAUCGAGCUCGCUGGUCUGCUCUUUGGACGACCUAACUUGGAACGCGUUAGUAUGGAAGGGUACCGAGAGGAAGGCACGACCACGACACCACUCGCCAUGAUGGUGUUGAACCAGGUCUCUCGUUACGACGUGGCCAAGGUCGCUAUAACCGCGGCUCGCAAAGUCAAUGACAAGGUAGACCCGGUUGCGGAUAAACUCCUCCAGCAAAUCGACAAGCAAGUUGAUGAUUUCUGGAAGUACAUCAAAGAGACCGGAAAAG